AUGGCGGUAAAAAAUCAUGGUCGGUUUUUUGGUUUUUUGGUCGGUUAUGUAACCGAUCGACUGUUUGCUCACCCCUACCUGCACACAUUUCUACUAUCGGUUGGGUUUAAGGCAUCAAAGAUAGAUGUCUCUCUAUUUCAUUACUCGCAGGACUCUGCAUCUUUGUAUUUAUUGGUUUAUGUUGAUGAUAUACUUGUGAUGGGAAGUGAUAUAAGUUUGGUGAAUAAUUUGCUGUCUAAACUAUCUAUUGCAUUUAAGAUUAGGGAUCUGUGUGAACCUGGUUUCUUUCUUGGGAUUGGAAUGAUUAAAUGUGAUGAUGGAAUUAUGCUUUCUCAUAAAAGGUACAUGACAGAUAUUUUGAAACGAGCAGGUAUGGCAGAAUGCAAACCUCUAGCUACUCCCAUUCCUGUCUCGAAAUAUGUCCUUUUCAAUGCAGAUUUGUAUGAUGAUCCUAUGCAAUAUAGGAGUCUGGCUGGGGUGCUGCAUAAAUCAGCUUUGUCAACACAUAGAUGCUCCUACAACAUCACAUUGGGAUCAACUAAAACGUGCAUUGAGGGUGGUUAUCCUGAAGAUGAAUAUAAAGCUCUAGCAGAUGUUUGUGUUGAAGUAAUAUGGAUUCUUUCAUUGUUACGUGAGAUCAAUGUGCCAGGUAUUCCUGUUCCUAAGUUAUGGUGUGAUAAUCUUGGUGCUACAUAUAUGUGUGCAAGUCCUAUCUUUCAUGCUCGCAACAAACACGUAGAAAUUGAUUAUCACUUUGUUAGAGAUAGAGUUGCUUCUGGAGAUAUUCAAGUCAACUUUAAUUCAACCAAAGACCAACUUGCUAAUAUCUUUACUAGCUUUAUCUGA